GUGCGGGCGGGGCGGGUUUCCGAUAAAGCGGGCUUCCGGUGCGGUGUUCUCAGUUCCGGGCGGCGCUGGCGGCACGAUGGUGCUGCUGCACGUGCUGUUCGAACAUGCCGCCGGGUACGCGCUGUUCGCCGUCCGCGAGGUGGAGGAGAUCGGUUUGUUGCUGCCGCAGGUGGAGGAGAGCGUGCUCACCGUCGGCAAGUUCCACAACGUGGUGAAGCUCGUGGCCUUUUCCCCGUUCAAAUCCGCGCAGAGCGCCCUGGAGAACAUGAACGCCGUCUCCGAGGGGAUCCUGCACGAGGAUCUGCGGCUGCUGCUGGAGACGUCGAUGCCGGCCAAGAAGAAGAAGGCGCUGCUGGGGGUGGGAGACGCCAAAAUCGGGGCCGCCAUCCUGGAGGAGUUGGGCUAUCAGUGCCAGACCGGCGGUGUGGUGGCCGAGAUCCUGCGGGGGAUCCGCCUGCACUUCCAUGCCCUGGUGAAGGGCCUCACGGCGCAGUCGGCCUCCAAGGCGCAGCUCGGCCUUGGCCACAGCUACUCCCGGGCCAAGGUGAAGUUCAACGUGAACCGCGUGGACAACAUGAUCAUCCAGUCCAUCAGUCUGCUGGACCAGCUGGACAAGGACAUCAACACCUUCUCCAUGCGCGUGCGCGAGUGGUACGGGUACCACUUCCCUGAGCUGAUCAAGAUCGUGUCUGAGAACUACACCUACUGCCGGCUGGCCAAAUUCAUCGGCAACCGCAAGGAGCUGAGCGAGGAGAGCCUGGAGGGGCUGGAGGAGAUCGUCAUGGAUGGCGCCAAGGCUCAGGCCAUCCUGGAGGCGUCCCGCUCCUCCAUGGGGAUGGACAUCUCCCCCAUCGACCUCAUCAACAUCGAGAGCUUCUCCAGCCGUGUGAUCUCUCUGUCCGAGUACCGUAAGGGCCUGCAGGAGUACCUGCGCUCCAAGAUGAGCCAGGUGGCCCCCAGCCUCUCAGCCCUCAUCGGGGAGGUGGUGGGCGCCCGCCUCAUCUCCCACGCCGGCAGCCUGACGAACCUGGCCAAGUACCCGGCCUCGACGGUGCAGAUCCUGGGGGCUGAGAAAGCCCUGUUCAGGGCUUUGAAGACACGAGGGAACACCCCCAAGUACGGCCUCAUCUUCCACUCCACCUUCAUCGGGCGCGCGGCCGCCAAGAACAAAGGGCGCAUCUCCCGCUACCUGGCCAACAAAUGCACCAUCGCCUCCCGCAUCGACUGCUUCUCAGAGGUUCCCACCAGCGUCUUUGGGGACAAGCUGAGGGAGCAGGUGGAGGAACGGCUGGCGUUCUAUGAGACCGGAGAGCCGCCCCGCAAGAACCUGGAGGUCAUGAAGGAGGCCGUGGUGGAGGCCAACGAGGUGGUGGCUGAGGUCAAAAGGAAGCAGGAAAAGAAGGAGAAGAAGAGGAAGAAGCGGGAGAAGCGGCGCCUGGAGGCUCUGGCUGCAGCUGCAGAGGAGAUGGAGAACUCUGUGCAGGAGGCAGAGGAAAACAACAUAGAGCCAAAGAAAAAGAAGAAGAAGAAGAAGGAGCAGGAGCAGGAAGCUGCCACAGAGCCAGAGGAGAACGGGCUGGAGGAAGAGGCCUUGCCCAAGAAGAAAAGGAAACUGCUGGCAGAGGGCGCCCCCCUGGAGAAGAAGAAGAAGAAAAAGGCCAAGGACUUGGAGGAGGAUUAAAGCGGGGGGCAGCAGGAGCAGGGCUGUGCUCCAGCACUGCGGACUCAGAGGCCACCUUCGUUUGGCUGCAGCUCCUCAACCCGCCGUCCGAUUGCCGGCAGCCCCGUGCCCAGCACUGCAGGCGUUGGGCAGCUCUGCUCUGCGCCCCGUGGCCGCGCUCAGCCGGGGCUCCUGGUGCCUUGCAGAGCCCUGCAGCGGCUGCAGCUGCGCGCCGUCCUGGCUGCCAGAGGGCGACAGCCUGUGCAGUGUGACUGAGCCUCAAUAAAGGGCUCGGGUUGGUGUUGA